AUAAUAUGAUUUUUAUUUUAUUUUAAAUCGGCUACAUAAAAAAAAAAAGUAAUCAUUGGAAUAGGUAUUUCGCACACUUAUCUCGUACUCGGUAGGCGGUACACCAGUUACUUCUUACCUAUAACCUUUUUCACUAUUAAUAAUAUAUUAUAUUUUGAGAAUGUGCUACUCCGGUUUAGUCAAAAUAACUAAAUAUAAUUUUUGUCUAGCAUGUUUGUUCACAUUUUACCCGUAAAUGUUAUACGUAAGUUUUAUAUGCGUUAUCCUGUUGCUUCUAGUCGUUUUGGUUAUUCGUUGAGUAAAACGAUUUUAGGCACAUCAUAUGACCACAAAGUGCGAUCUGUAUUCACCAGUUGUAAAUUAAAUAAUGGUGAAUAUGAAUGGCUAGAUCCGAAAAGUGAUGCAGAAAUAGUUCAUGUUACAUUCAUCGAUAAGCAUGGUAAACGUACAUUAGUCAAUGGCAAAAUUGGCGACAAUGUUUUAUAUUUAGCCCACAGGUUUGGCAUUGAACUAGAAGGAGCUUGUGAAGCUUCAUUAGCUUGCACGACAUGUCAUUGUUAUGUAUCGGAUGAUUAUACUUCAAAACUUCCAGAAGCUGAUGAAAAAGAAGAAGAUUUAUUGGACUUAGCUCCAUUUUUAAGAGAAAAUUCACGACUAGGUUGUCAGAUAAUUUUAGACAAAAGCUUAGACGGCAUCGAGCUCGAGUUGCCUGCAGCUACUAGAAAUUUCUAUGUGGAUGGUCAUAAACCCAAACCGCACUAA